UCAAACACCACUUAAUUUACCUAAGCUCAUUAUAACACGAAACUUGGAAAAGACCAAUAUCCCCCAACCGCUCAGGCGACCACGACGUGGCUUUCCCAUCUCACCGCAAAGCUAAGCUUAUAAGAAUAAUUAUGAAGGAUUACCUCGUGCUACGAAGGGCAUGCGAAAAAAUCUACUACGCCGGCGGAGGAGACUUCUGGUUCGAAGAGGGGACAAUAGGCAACGACAAUCACAUUUUAUACAAAGCCUAUACACUAUCCAUAUUCUCCAUGUGCAUAGUGAUGACAGUGUUGGAGAUCCUGGCGGUGUUCGCGGGGGAUUUCCCGGAUGAUGAGCAUAGUGACGCGGUGACGUUCGCUCUGAGCCACACGAUGGUGCUGGCUAAGAUGUCGUCAGUGGUGGCGAGGAAGCGCGUGGUGCGAGCUCUGUGCCGCGACGCAGCCAGGGUCUGCGCGGCUCAUGAGGAUCCCCAGCUGAUGGCGACUAAAGCCAGGAUCAUUCGAAUGAAUGUCGCCGCGUAUUUCGCGUGCGUCUACGGCUCAUGUGUCUUUUAUAUUUUCGAGGGCUUGCGGAAGUUGUAUUUUGAUGGGACCCACUUCGUGACAAUAGUGACCUACUGGCCGAGUUUCAGCGACAACUCCGCUUCAGCCACCGCUUUCAGGAUCAUCUGUACCCUCGUGCUGAACCUCAUGAUGCUGCCGAUGAUCGCCUUCGACAGCCUCGCGGUGACCUUCCUCAUCAUCAUCAAGUAUAAAUUCAUCACGCUGAGGCAGUUCUUUGAGCGACUGGAGGGAGAGUUCUGUGACGUGGCUAGUAGAGAGUCGCUGGAAGCCGCUACGGAGCUGUUUGAGAGGCGGGUGAAAGAAGGUAUUGGGAUGCAUCAGGAGUUGCUGAGGAUAACCAAGGAGCUGGACAAAUCGUUCGGCAUCCUGAUCGCGCUGUCCGUGUGCCUCAGCUUCGUCUCAGAUAUCUCGCUGCUGCUGUCACUUACGUUAGCUGAGCAGUUGCCGUUUACGACGUCGUUGAAGAUCAUUCUGUUCAUAACGGCGCUUCUGUUCUUAUUGGCCGAGUUUCUGUGCAACGCGGGGGAGAUCACUUAUCAGGCGUCGCUCCUCUCCGACGCGCUAUUCCACUGCGGCUGGCAGCAGCUCGGCGGCAGCGGGCGGGGGCGCCGGGCAGCCCGGCUGCUGGUCCCGGCGGCAGCGGCGGCGCAGCGCCCCGUCGUCAUGAAGGCGUUUAGCAUGCUGCAGCUGACUUAUGCGACGUUUUUGACGGUGGUUCGCUCCAUGUACUCCGUGUUCGCCCUCAUCUCCUCACGGAAGAAGGACCAUUGAUGUGACGGCGACGGUGGACACACAGCCUUAUUAUGUCGUUAUGUAUGCAG